GAGUAAACUCUUACCACGUGACAUCCGGGAUCAGGUGAUUGGGUUAGCCUACGCUCAGGAGCUGUGAUUGGCUGGCUUUAAUACAAACGACGCCACUAGAGGCGGGCUGAAGAGCUGCGCAGGCGCAGAGCGUUGCGAGUCUCGGGACCCCUGGCAGAGACACUAUGGCGCUCAACAAGAAUCACUCGGAGGGCGGCGGAGUGAUCGUCAACAACACCGAGAGCAUCCUCAUGUCCUAUGAUCACGUGGAACUUACAUUCAAUGACAUGAAGAAUGUGCCAGAGGCCUUCAAAGGGACCAAGAAAGGCACCGUCUACCUUACCCCUUACCGGGUUAUCUUUCUGUCUAAGGGGAAGGAUGCCAUGCAGUCCUUCAUGAUGCCGUUUUAUCUGAUGAAGGACUGUGAGAUCAAGCAGCCAGUGUUUGGUGCAAACUUCAUUAAAGGAACAGUGAAGGCUGAAGCAGGAGGUGGCUGGGAAGGCUCUGCUUCCUACAAGUUGACCUUCACAGCAGGGGGCGCCAUUGAGUUUGGACAACGGAUGCUCCAGGUGGCAUCUCAAGCUUCCAGAGGUGAAGCCCCCAAUGGAGCCUAUGGGUACCCUUACAUGCCCAGCGGGGCCUAUGUCUUUCCCCCGCCAGUCGCCAAUGGAAUGUACCCCUGCCCUCCUGGCUACCCCUAUCCACCGCCCCCACCUGAGUUCUAUCCAGCACCCCCUACAAUGGAUGGAGCUAUAGGAUACGUACAGCCCCCGCCACCACCUUAUCCUGGGCCCAUGGAGCCUCCAGUCAGUGGCCCCAGUGGCCCCUCCACUCCUGCAGCUGAGGCCAAGGCCGCAGAAGCAGCUGCCAGCGCCUAUUACAACCCAGGCAACCCACACAACGUCUACAUGCCCACGAGCCAGCCUCCGCCACCACCCUACUACCCCCCAGAAGACAAGAAGACCCAGUAGACCUCCUGCCUCCUGUCCUCAUGGUCCUUCCCUGCACCUUCCAUGGGGUUGAAUCUGGAACUGGGGGAGGCUGGGGGAGGCCAGGGAGCGCUCUGUUCUUCCCCAGGUCUGAUUCUAAACAGUUAACAGGAACUAGCUCUGAUGGAAGGGGUGGGGCUCCUGGCCUCUGAGAGGCGCCUCCCAGCUUCCCACACUAGCUCAGCCAUGGCUCUGCUCUGCCCAGCUUCCUUGUCAUCAUCUCUGGGGCUCUCAGGAGCACAGGAUGACCCCUGCUUCCUGUUCCACUCUAGUAGCUACUUCCUACGGAGCAAGUCUCUGGCCACUCUUCUACCACAGUCCAGCCCCUCAGUCUGGUGGCCAUUGUGCUCUGCUUCAUGGGCUCAUCAGACCAGCCAGGGGUCUCCCCUGUGGACCCUGCCAUGCCAUGCUCACAUUCCUUCCCCUGGUCUGUGCCUGGCCCUGGAAAGCCACUGUCCCAGCUGACUGUCAGUCCACAUUCCUUGCAGCCAGGCUCUAGUCCCAGUCACACCUGCCACCCUUGUCCUUGUUCGUUUUGUUGCCAUUUCUGACUUUGGGAGCUCUACCCUGAGGUAGGGCUUGGAUGGCAUCAGAGGCAAAGCCACUGUGGCUGGGAGGAAGCUCUCUGGCACCUGCUAAUGUUCCUGGAAAUUAUUUUCCCUUCCUUUCCUUUCCCCUCUACAAGGGGCUUCUCCGUCAGAACAGUCAAGUGCAUGUCUGUCCGUCAGGCCCUGUGGGGGACUGGAGGGUGGUCUGGGAACAAGGGCCCCCAACUGUGUCACCUGCCACCUGCCCUUCUUCCUCUUUGAGCUUCACACCUCCUGGAUGACUAAGAUUUGCUCUUGUUCCUGGACUGACCACAAAAUGAAGAGGUUAUUUAAAGAGGAUUCCCUAUUUAUUUGACACAAAAAAAAUCCAGUUAAUAUAUUAAUGUGAAAUAAACCCUGUUUGCACCUUGA